AUGGCCGGCUUGUUAUCUUUAUCCGGAUGGUUCACUGGUUUGACUCAAGCUUGGAAUCCAUUCUGGUUCGAUUUGAAGCAACUUAGGAUUCACAAAUCGUAUUUGAUCGAACAUGAUGCCAGUUUGAGCCGUGAGGACUGGCCAGGCAACAAUUGGGAACCAAACGCUCAGCUCAUCGAUGCUCUUAUAUCUCAAGCUUCCUCCCCUGAGGGACUCUCCCAUGAGGAUUUCGCUCGUCACCGUGUUAAUCAAGAGAACAAGUUGAACUAUAAGCUUAGUAAACCUAGACAUAUUUUGGCAACGGGAGAGGUUGGGUUGGUCAUCCCUGCGUUGGGGAGGGGGAGCGAUGUUCCCAAGGAGAGGAAGAUAUCGCUUGAAUGGGCAAGGGCAUUCUGGCAGCAUAAUCGUCUUCCAGUUGAUUGGAAACCUAUAGAUAAGACUGUGCCUUUCCCUGUGAUGAACGACGUUGCGGCCAUUGUGAGGGAUGAUAUGGAGAAGAUUAGAGAAGGAGAGAGGGCAAAGUGA